CAUAAAUUCCAUUUCAGUUUUCUCAUAUUUAGAUCAAUGAUACCGCCUCCAUAAGGAAGUGUAGUGUAUACUCUUGUUUUGUAUAACUCUUCAAUUUUAAAUAUAUUUUAAAAUAUUUAUUUAUUAACUCUUAAAACAUUUAAAAAUUUAGUAUUACCAUUCUGACGUCAGGACUAACGCCGUGUCGCGUCAUAACCGCCAAAUCAGGGAGCGGCCUUUUAAGCUUUCCCUGCACUUGCGCACUCGGGCACACUAAUUCCCCAUUGAUUUUUUCAACACGCAAGGAGGAAAGUUAGGAAAUGAGUGCUCCUGAUGCCAAAAAGAUUGCCGAGGCGGAGGCUUUACUGGGGCAGGUAGAUACUGCCGCGGAUGAGUACGCCAAAGCUGGUAUGUAUUUCAAGGCUGCAGCUGCGUACCGCGGGGCCAAAAGCUUGGAUAAGAGCAAGGAUUGUCUUUUGAAGGCCAUCGACUGUUACAUGAACAACAAGUCGUGGUUCCAUGCGGCCAAGUCGUGGGGGCAGGUGGUCCUGCUGGCCAAAGAAACCGAUGCUCUGGCCGAAGUUGAGGAGUAUGCCAACAAGGCUUGCAAUCUCUACCAGCAACACGGUUCCCCAGAAGCAGCAGCCGCCUCCAUGGACAAGGCCGCCAAGAUGACGGAGUCGAAGCACCCCGACCUGGCCCUGGGCUUCUAUAAACGGGCCCUGGCCGUCGUCUUGACUGGGGACUCCACCCACCAGGCAACCGAGUUCGCCUCAAAGGUCUCCAGAAUACUGGUCAAACUAAAGAAGUUCGAGGAGGCCAGUAAAGCCUUGAAAAAGGAGAUUAGCCUGAAUCUGCAAACGAAAUCAUACGGACUAGUUGGCCGCCUGGUCGUUGCUUUGGUACUAGUGCAGUUGGCACUCGAGGACUUUGUUGAUGCCAAAAAGACCUUCAAGAAAUGGGGAAACCGUUGUGAUCCCCAAGAGGUCAAAACCUUGCAAGCACUUCUGCAAGCUUACGACGAUGAGGACCCUGAACUGGCUGCCAAAAUGCUGGCAUCUCCAUUUAUCAGACAUAUGGAUGUGGAGUAUGCACUUUUAUCCAAAAACAUUCCCUUACCCAGAGGAGUUCAGCCAGAGAAAUAAGGCGUUGUCAGUAGUAGAACCUUGAAAAAGUUGUUAUAUCAACCUUAUGAUCAUUACGAUCCUUAAACGAAAAAGCUUUAAAUUUGUAGGAACACUGUUAACUAUAUACAUAAAUAUAAAGUGUUGAUAAAAAAAAUACCUCAGGAAUAUCUUAUCGUGCCUUUUAGAAGUUAAUAUUUUUAAUAAUUUUUAUACAAAAGACUUUGUUAUCUUGAACUUACAUUUUUAUACUCAAAUUGUUACUCUUUAUAAUGAGAAUUUUACACUACUUUUUUAUAUUCCCAAAACUAUAGUGCCAUUUUGAUCUAUUAAAACAAAUGCAAAAUGAUGUCAGCUUAAAAGUAGGCAACAAAUUUUGAUUUUAUAAAUCCCUUUUUCAAAAUUGAAAUUUAUAAUCUUAUCUAAU